AUGGUUCCGGAAUCUGUCAUUAUCAUUGGCGGCUCAGUCGCAGGACUGCUGCAAGGGCUGCAGUUGAAGCGUCAAGGCAGCCAUGUAACGGUGCUUGAACAAGACCCAUCGAAAGACCGGCAUAGCCACGAAUCUGGCAUCUCGAUCGGACCCAGCGUGGUCGCUCUGCUGGACCGGUACGACGCGACAGGUCGCCCAGCUGCGAUUCCCACCGAGUACAUGAGCGCCGCCUGGCGCCAUCGCCUCCGGGUGGCCAACACGCACUGGGCGCACAACAUGAGCAAUUGGGGCUGUCUGUACCUGAUCCUGCGCGCCAAUUUCGACGGACUGGCUUCUGCGGCGGUGCCCAUGCCGCCGUCCCCCCGUGCGGGCGAUGGCCCUGUUGACUACCGAGCGGGGAAGAAAGUGACGGGCGUGCGCUACAACCGCGCCAAGGGUCUUGUCUAUGUGGAUUUUGUGGAUGUCCAGACGGGGGAUGUGGGUGAGGCCGGCGCGGCGCUGGUCCUCGCCGCCGAUGGGGUGCAUUCCACCGUGCGCCAGCUGCUCCAGGUGCCCACUCGCAAGGAGUACGCGGGCUAUAUCGGCUGGCGGGGGACGGUGCCGGAGAAGCUGCUCUCCGCACAGACGGUGGACUAUUUCUUGAACCGGCUGAACUUUACUCUCUUGAGGGGGACUUAUUUCAUCAGCUAUCUGAUCCCGACUGAGGGCGGCCACACAGAGCCCGGCAAACGCCUGCUCAACUGGGUCUGGUAUUUUCCCGUGCAGGAGAACUCCGCCGAGAUGGCCGAGAUAUUCACCGAUAUCCACGGCAAGAUGCACGGCAAUACCGUGCCGCAGGGCCUGGUCAACCCGGCUGUGUGGCAGGCACAGCUGGCGCGGUACGUGCCGCAGAUGACGGCGCCUUUAGCGGAGGUUGUCUCACUCACGCCGCGGGUGUUUGUGACCAAGGUCGGCGAGGCCCAAUGCACGACGCCCAGCUUCUUUGACGGCCGGUUGGUGCUGGUUGGCGAUGCCUUUACCGGCUUCCGCUCGCACCUGGGGAAAGCGUCCGAGCAGGCGGCACAGCACGCGCUGCAGAUGGAUCGAGUCUGGCGGGGGGAGAUUAGCCAGGAGGAGCGGGAUCGUGAAGCGAAUUACUACGCCCGGCGGUUGGUUUUGUUGAACCGGGUGAUUGGAUUCAUGGGCCUGGGCUGGUGGUGGGCGGUUCUCAAGACGCUUGUGGAAUAUGUUGGUGUCGUUGGGGCGAACCAAAUUGGCUUGAUGUCUAACCCUAGGGUUAAUAGCCCUAGGGUUAUGUGA